AUGGCGAUGGCACGCUAUAGUUAUACCCCUGAAGAUAGAUUGGGCAACUUAUUUUGGGUAGAUGGAUUGUCUAGGGCUGAUUACCAGUUGUUUGAGGAUGAAUCAGGAUCGACUUACACAUGGUUGUUGAAGAACUUUUUGGAUAUUAUGCUGGGUAAAUCUCCUACUGUUGUGGUAACUGAUGGAGAUGAAGGCAUGAAAGAGGAAUUUAAAAAGUGCAUGUAUGGUAAGUGGCAUCCCGAUGAGUUCGAGCUCCGUUGGCCUAAGAUGGUGGAUACUUUUGGUCUGCAAAAUAAUGACUGGGUUAACAUUCAAUAUGCUAAGAAGAAAAAUUGGGCUAGCUCUUACUUGAUGGAUAAAUUUUGUGCUGGGUUUAGGACUAUCUCACAAUGUGAGGGCAUCAACAAUUAUGUAAAAAUUUUCAUUAACUCUCGUCAUUGUCUGUUGAACUUGGUGACUAAUCUUGAACGUGUUGUUCGAGAUUACAGGAACAAUGAAAUGGUUGCCCAAUUCAAGACUAUCUAUGGUGAAGCUGUGUUGACCACCGGUUUAACCAAUCUUGAACAUAGUGCUGCAGAAGCAUACAUGAAGGAAAUAUACGGGUUGGUUAAAAAGGCGAUUCAGGCCGUGGUUGCACUUGAGUUAAUAAAAGAUCGAAGUAUAUCCACAACAAUGAUUUAUAAGGUGUAUCAUAAUGAGAAUAGGGAUCGCUUAUACACUGUUAUGUAUGAUCGCAAUGACAAGAAUAUAGAGUGUGAAUGCAAAAGAUGGAAUAGUGAGGGAAUUCCUUGUAGACAUAUGUUUUAUGUCAUGAAAUGA